GCUUCGAAGGAGCACCAGUCCGCGCGCAACCACCGUAGGUAACGUACGUGUCCACCCGCGUGUUAUACAUAAUCAACUCGUCCGCUUCAGCGGAGUGACAGUGUUCCCAGAGUGUAAGGGUGGCCGGCGCAACGGAGGCGGUUCAAGGAAUGUUGAUGGCGGGCGCUUUGCCGGCCGAGCCUGAAGGGCUACUGGCGUUGGGCUCGCUGCCCGGCCAGAAAGACACCACCUGGACAAAGCUGUUCGUUGGUGGGCUACCAUAUCACACGACAGACAAAAGUUUAAGAGAACAUUUUGCUGUGUACGGGGAUAUCGAGGAAGCGGUUGUCAUCACAGACCGGCAGACGAGCAAAAGCAGGGGAUAUGGAUUUGUAAUCAUGGGAGAUCGGGCGGCUGCUGAAAGAGCGUGCAAGGAUCCAAACCCGAUCAUAGAUGGAAGGAAAGCUAAUGUUAAUCUGGCAAUCCUAGGGGCUAAGCCGAGAGGAAAUUUGGCGCCAGGUUUUGGCUUAGCUGCAGCAGCCGCGGCCGGUGUCCGUGCAGGUUACCCAACAGUUCUGCCAGCUCAUUACGGGUUGUCGCCGGGCUACGUGUACGGUACUCCCAGUUAUAUGGGGACAGUUGGAGGGAUGAGCGCGGGUGUGGGCGCGGGGGCGGGGGGGCUGGUUCAGCUGCCGCAGUUGCAGCACGCGGCGGCAGUUGCUGCUGCCAAUCACUUGUAUGAGUACCAAGCCGCAGCUGCGCAAGGAGCUGCGGCGUACCAACAACAAUAUGCGGCUGCUGGAUUUGAUCCAUACGCCACUGCUGCCGCAGCUGCAGCAGCCGCGAGUGGCGCCGGGUACGUCUCCCCCUACUACACGUUACCCGGCGGCGGGGUCCAAGCCCCCCUCCUGCCGCCCCUCCCCUACCCCCCACCUCUGCAAGAAGCACGCAUGCAGUAACACAGACUGCACCGCAUCUUGGUAAUGCGCUAAUUAAUCUCGAGUCUACAUACAUUUUUCUACUCGAUGUAAAUGUAUAUAAAUGGAAACAUCACUACGGAUUUGCGUUACCAUAAAGCCAAAAAUUCUUUCAAACCAGUUAAUUAACCAAAAAUGUUUAGUAUGACCAAAGCAAACCUUUAGGGUAAGGGGCUUAAGUUGUGAAUGGUGAUGGUAUUAAAAAUAUUAUACAACGCGUAAUGUACGGACUAAAAUAUCAGUUAUAGCUGGCAACUAUGCGAGGCAUGCCCUAGUCCGAGACUAGGUGAAGCCAUAGUAAACGCAGUGUCCAGUCUUGUAUGAUAAACAUUUUUGCAUGGUUGCCAGCUUAAAAUAAUUUUACUUAAUCUUCUACCUACAUGUUUAUAAGUUCUGUCACAUUAUUUUACUUCCAAUUUCUUUCAUCAUAAUCAAUCAUAUUUUCUUACUAGUAUUUGAAUUCCCGUGUCGAGUAUAUCUAGUUAGAAUCAGAAUGGGGCGAAAGCUGUUUCAUGACAAUAAAGAAAAACAUCAAUAUUGCUCAUUGCUAUUAUUGCGAGAGAUAUCUCAAUUAUCUAAAAUAACUAAAUAACUUAGUAAAUACAUCAUUGAUAAAACGCAGGGUGAUAGUGUGUCUAUCUAGAUUUCUAGAAUAUAAAUUUAUAGUCUAUCGUCUCUUCCAAAUUAUUUUCUUUAUAAACUUGAUACCAUAUUUGCGAAAAGUUCCUAAUAUGUAUGUGGUAUAACUUCACGUUACUUUGCGCUGAAAUGUAUCAAACUAUGCUCUCUUAAAAAUGUGGACGAUGGGCGAUAUCAGAUGUAGGUAAAAAUAUUUAUGAAGCAAUAUUGAAUCAUUUUCCGUAAGAUCUGUGUAUUUUAUUAGAUACAUAAUGAGGUAAUUGUGGAUGUGUAAGUGUAUGCUUAAAUUAUAAUGCUAUCAAAGCAAAAAUUAAUCUUCUAAUAGUUCUCUAAACAUGUCCAUGUUGCUCAAUGUGUCCUAAAAUGGACUUGGUUUAGCUUAAGAUUGGAGAUCCAAGGGCUUUUUACGUAAAAUUAGCAAAAGUACUUAUUCUUAUGUGUAACAUACGCAGCCCUUCUAAUUUUAUCUCCAAAGCGGUAUAGGGUACUUAAUAGUUAGAAUAAUUCAAUUACUAGUCCACGUAAUAUUAAUUAUAAUGAAAUCUUGACAAUCGCCAGUCGUAUUUUCACUAAUUUUAAUUUUUAAACUAUUUUCUUCAAUUGUGAUUACCAAAAUUGACUAUUGUCUUGCGUAUUAUGAUACGCAGGAUUGUCCACAGAAUUAAAUGAAAUGUCACAGUGACAUUGACCGGACGGAUAAUUAUUUCAGUUAAAUGAAUUAGUAAAAACUACUUAAUACUUAUGCGGCUGGCGUUUUAGUACAAGCUAAGGACACUAGACAGAAUAGAUUAUUUUAGUAAGUAAGUUUAAUUUUAGUUUUAAUAUGCUGUUAUUCGUAAUUUAUUUUGUUGAUAUUUGUAAAUCUACAUGUUGAUAACUAUUUAUUAUGUGAAAGAGGAAUAAAAAUUGUUAAAUAUUUAUGAGCCGAAUUGAAUCUCUUAUGGCCUAUGUCAGUUAGUAUUAUAAUUCGGUUCGAUAUAUUGAAUUAAACACAUAAAACUUUAAAUAAGUAGACAUAAAAAUGUACCAAAUAGAACAUUGUAUGUAAGCCAUAAAUUGGCCAUCUUGCCUUAUGCACAUAGAGUAUAAAUAGUUAAUAUAGAAAGAAAUAUUAUACUAAAUAUAUUACACAUAUCAUCAAUUCAGAUUAUGUAUGAUAAAAGUCGGUGUAAAUCCACCGUGCAGUCCAUAAUAGUGCAUUUCAUUCGCAGUAAUUAUAAGCACAAUUAUUUAUGUAUAACAUACUUAAAUGAAUGUGAAUUCAUAAUAAAUACCUAAUAAUUGUUAAAAAAAAAAAUAAUUUAAAAAUUAUACUAUAAUGUACUUAAUUUAGGAUAUUGUAAAAUGGAAAAUAAUUUUUUAAGGUACAA